GACGCGCUGCCUGCCCUGCACAAACCUAUCCCCGCAGGCCGGAAACUGUGACUUGGCCUGAGAGUGAAGGACUUCGGGACUUGUAGUUUGUUUCGUCUUGAAGCCCGGAAGUUGUCAGGUGACGAGGGGACGGCGCACGGCACGCUGGGACUGGUCUUAAGCAAUGGAUGAUUCUGGUGCAGAAUCUCCGGACUCUGUGACUUCAUCCUCACCCUGCACCAUUCAUGUACUUGUUGCUGUCACAGGCAGUGUAGCGGCUCUGAAGCUGCCCCUUCUAGUGUCUGGCCUUCUAGAGAUACCUGGGGUUGAAGUACAGGUGGUGACCACUGACAGGGCAAAACAUUUCUACAACAUACAGGACAUACCUGUACCCAUUUAUAGUGAUGAUGAUGAAUGGAAGAUGUGGAACCGCCGCUCUGAUCCUGUGUUGCAUGUCGAGCUACGACGCUGGGCAGAUCUUAUGAUUGUUGCUCCUCUAGAUGCUAACACUUUGGGGAAAAUUUCCAGUGGGAUUUGUGACAAUCUGGUGACCUGUAUAGUUCGUGCAUGGGACUUACAAAAGCCACUGCUGUUCUGUCCAGCUAUGAACACAGCCAUGUGGGAUCAUCCAAUCACAGCAGGACAGACUGAACGUCUUCGCAGUUUUGGCUACAUAGAGAUUGAAUGCAUUGAAAAAACACUGAUGUGUGGCGACAAAGGACUUGGAGCUAUGGCAGAGGUCAGCACUAUCAUUGAAAAGGUGAAGGAGGUUAUGAUCAAGAACCAGCAUCAUCAGUAAUGGAAGGAGUUUUAUACAUAAAUUAAAUAAAAAUAAAUAAAAUUAUAGCAAUGUUAUAAUGCUAUAAUAAGCACUGGUGAGGAAAGGUAUUGCUUCUUUGUUACUUUAGAGUAGAAACACAUGUUGCUGAUACGCUGUAGAUUUUCUGUAGCAGAAAAUGUGCCAGAGGCCCAAGUGUAUCUGCCUAAAAGGGGGAAGUAUAACACCUUCCUUAAUAUUUCCCCUUCCAGUUGGAUCCAUUUCUGCCUUUGGUGCAUAUUCUUCUGCAGAAAAUAUGCAAUGUGUGUUACUACCCUUAGGGGGUAGGAGUCAACCUGUUAGAAAGCUCUUGUAGUUGCUGUUUUAUAUGUAGUUUUUUUUUUUUUUUCCCCC